AUGAUAGUGAUGAAGAUAAUCAUAAUUUCUAAUAAUGCGAUGGUUGUGGCAACAAUGGUGAUGAUGACGAUGGCGGUAACGUUGACGAUGGGAAGAAACAAGAUAAGCAACGAACGAGAAAGCAAAGGCUUCGACAUGCAGCGAGGUACUAAAGAAAAAGAUCGAGGAAAGAGUACUGUUGACUGCAAGACAGCUUCGAAAGGAUCAGAAAUAGGCAAAAUGAAACUGGCCCAACAACAAAGCCAUGAAAACCAUGAAACCACGGAAAUGAAUGCCGGGAAAGAUUCGGACGGCAAUGAGCAAUACAAAGGGAUUUGUGGUGGUGAAGACAGUGAAGAUGACAAGAAAUUGGCUGUACUGAAAAAUAAAGCGAAGAAAAUUAGCGAGAACAAUGAUGAUAACAUGAAUGAAUUCCGUAAUGCUGGUAAUAAUGAA